GAAUGCUAAGCACAAAUUUGGUAGAGGUUUCUGCUUUCCCCUUUCUAAUUGAACCUGUAAUGAACAAGGUUGAUUUGUAUCCUUACACAUUCAUUAUGAAUAUCAAACAGGAGCCAGAGGAUUAUGAGAAUGAGGUUGAUCUGUAUCCUCACACAUUCAUUAUGAAUAUAAAACAGGAGCCAAAGGAUUAUGAGAACAAGUUUACAGAAGGUCCACCAAUAACUGCAGAAUGCAGUGUCCGUAUCAAGGAAGAUCCUGAGCUGGAUCUAGGUGUGGAUGUGAUUGAGAAUGGUGUAAGUAGGUAUUUAUAUUGUAGAAUUACAACUAGGCAGAAAGAAACAGUUACAACUAGGAAACGGUUUUUCUAGUUUUCAGAAG